CCCCACCACAGCUGCUCUGCACCUGAUAUAUCCGGUAUAAGGUCAAGGUCUGGUCCAAGUAUCCAUAGUCAUUAAGAGUUAAUAAGCCAGGCAGGCGAGAUAGAGAGAGGUUACAUACCUGCAGCAGCCAGCACUUGUGUGGGGCCCACAGCUGCAGUGUUCAGAAUAUUCAACAGUGGGUAAAAAAGUACAGUACUGAAGCUCGAUGACGGAUAAUCGUGUUUACCGAACUCGAACCCUCGGUAUCCCAGCUGAGGGUUUGAAGGACCAGUAUGCAGAUGGCAUUGCUGCUAAACUUUGGGAGCUGUAUAUUGGCGACAAGAACAAGAGAACGGACGUUUACCGUAAUUUCAUCAUUAAUCUUCUAAAAGAAAAGAAAUCUCAUAAUAUCCUGGAUGUUGCCUGUGGCACUGGGGUGGAUAGUAUAAUGCUACUGGAGGAAGGGUUCCAAGUGACAAGUGUUGAUCUCUCUGACAAAAUGCUGAAAUAUGCCCUCAAAACACGCUGGAGGCGACGCAAAGAACCGGCUUUUGACAACUGGGUGAUUGAGGAAGCCAACUGGCUAACACUGCCAGAUGAUAUAGAGGGAGCCGAGACCUUUGAUGCUGUUGUCUGUCUGGGAAAUUCUUUUGCACAUCUGCCAGAUAUAUCCGGAGACCAGUCCGAACAUAGGAUGGCCCUAAGAAAUUUUGCUCACAUGGUAAAACCUGGAGGCGUGCUAGUUAUUGACCACCGGAAUUACGACUACAUCAUUGACUCGGGGUCGGCCCCUUCUCACAACAUCUACUAUAAUAGUGAACACAUUCAAGACAUUAAAACCUCUGUGUUAUACGUCAGUGGCAAACCAUCUUUAGUGACACUGGAUUAUUUAAUAGAUGUUAAGAACGCAGCACGUGAUGACACCGACUCCGAGGUCUCCAAGAAGGGAAGAAUAGAUGGCCCAAUAAAAAGUAACUUUCGCCUCUCGUAUUUUCCCCAUCGAGUUGCAAGGUUCGAGGAGCUACUUAGGGAAGCUUUCGGUGAGAAGGCCAAGCAAUGGGUGUUUGGAGAUUUUAAGCCCAUCGGAGAAGUGAAAGAUCCAGGAUUCUUCAUCCAUGUUGUUGAGAAGCCAGUUUAAUGGUUUUGUAGCUUGCUUGGGUAAUAAAGCCUGAACAUGGUUGUGAUAUUGUUUUUAAAAUUAAGACAUGCCAAUCAUUUGAAUGCUUAAAGUCAAAUAGCCUAUCACUGGCAAUGCUUUAAAGAUGCUGUAAUUCAGAAUUAUACUGCAAGUAAUUUUGCAAAUUUGUUCUUUCAUAUGACAUUUUUACAAUAUAUAACAUUUGUUUGGCAUUGUCUUGCAAAUAUUAGUAAAUGACAAAUAUAAUAAUGACAUGUAUUAAGUGCCUGGAAACUUCCCAUUUAUGUUACUGCCUUCAUGCUAUAUACUGUAUAUACACAACAUGUGCACUACUGAAUAUAUAUUUGCAACACUUAAAUUUUAAAAAAAUUUAAUAAUUUCAAUAAAAUGAAGUACUGUAUGUAUUCAAAUAUCAUUUAAAAUGCCUCUUCAAAUGGGCUAUUUCAAAAGUUUUACUAAUCAAUGGAAAAUAUGCACUUUAGCUGCUGUGUAGUGUAGUAUGAAAAUUAGAUUUUUGAAUUCUGUAUUUGCAUAUUAAUUUACUGCCAUAAAUGAGAAAAUUAUAUCAAUUGUUCAUAUCCUUGUUAAGAAAACCUAGUGCACGUGAAAGAUAUCGCACGUUGAAUCUUGCCCAAAAAGAACCUAGGCAAGGUUUCCAUUCCAAUUUAAUGAUUAAAUUGAAUUUUCCAAUUUCAUUAUUGGUAAAGUUAAUGUAAAAUGUAGCAAUGUUGUUAUCCAAGUUUAAAACCAUUACAAAAGUGUCACUGAAGAGUAGAAUAAUGGGAACGGUAAUAUUUACUGCUGUGCAGUAUAGUUUAUUAUUAAGUGGUAAUUUUUAUUUAAUGCUGCACAACUCCUAGGAAUUAGGGUAUGAAGUAAAUGACAGUAUAAAUCUUUAUUAAGUGUUUUGUUUGUGAGAAUAUUGUUUUUUAGUAUAUAUAUUAAUAUAAAUGGUGGCUGUAUAUUAAACUUUAUUUAUGUGGGGUCAUUAAAGCUGACAACAAUGUU